AUGGGUGAUUGGGAUGAUGAUGAUUUCGAAAUUGAUGUAAAACAACUGGAUGAAAAGAGGCAUACGGUAGUAGACGAAGAAGCGGGCGACAAACUGGAUCAGAAUCAACCGCUUAAUGCAGUUAAAUCGGCAGCAUCCUCAUCGAAGUCAAAGAAGAACAAUCCACUGAACAAUUUCGCUGCUGAUCUUAAUCGCGAAUUGACUGGAAAAGAGAAGGAGCAGUUGCAGAGGAAAGCUGAUUUGAUGCUCGCAAAGGAUUUAUUCGGUGUUGAUACGGAUGAGCCUCUGACAUAUGCAGAACUGACUUCCUUAGAUGAAUUUAGGACAUUUGGUGAGAACAUUGGCAAAAUGCUUUUAGCACGAUCAAAUGCUACCCACUUUUCAGAGAUGCUUAUUUCACUUCUCAAAGUAGUCCUCUCAAACAUGGAUGCGAACAAGGCAAGGCAUUUGAGUACGGUUUUAAAAACGAUAGCAGACGAAAAAACAGCAGCUGAAAAGAAGGCGAAGGGAAAGGGUGCAGCAGCGAAACCGACGAUAAGAACCACCAAUAAGUCGAAUGCAGCAUCGGCUAAAGCAAAGAGAGAUCUGUAUGACGAUUAUAUAGCUGAUGAAUACGACGAUUAUGCCGAUCAUUUUAUGUAA